AUGUUCACUCAAAGAUACCUCCUUGCCGCUCUCGUCCUGUUCGCCAGCCUCGUCGCCUCUGCGCCCAUUGCCGGGUACUCCAGUGAGACAGAACUGCUGAUCCGCGAGCCCGUGAAGUCCACCGUGAGGCAAAUGACCCACGCAGUCAAGGUGGCUAAGAAACUCAAAGAGUCGAUCCAUCCCAAGCCCAAUUCGGCCGUCUUCUGGAGCGGAACAAAGGCGAACAAGAAAGGCGAGACGGUGUCCGUCAAGCAGGACGCUCAGCGCUUCGCAAAGUACCACGGGAAAGAGACCCUCAACCAGGCUCUUAAGAAGGCCAACAUCCAUAUCCCCACCGAGAAGCAGAAUCCCCACUCGCCGCGCCUCUGGAACAUCGCCUCGAAACUUAUGGCCCAAAGAGCGAAGGGAGAGACGCACGCCAUUCUCGGUGGCAACGUUCGGCCAGAGAGCGUCUGGAAGAAGACCGAAAAGCCGGCACUCAUGAAGAACGACCAGGUCACCAAGGUCACUGAACACAACAAGGGAACCAAGGAGAAGACUGUUACAAAGGGCUAG